CCGGCUCGGCCCCCCGGGGGAGGCGGGAGUAGGUUUGGGAAGGUGCAGGGGCUCGUUGCCAUGGCUUCCUGCAAGCGCUGCCGGAGGAGAUAGUGAUGCCAGUCACGGAGGGACCCCUCUUCCUUCUCGUGGAAUGCUUGCAGAUUUGCUGACAAGAAGUGCUACAUAAGGAUUCAAGAUUGUCGCAUGAACAAGUAUCACUCUGUUUCCGUGGGCUGACCAUCUUAUGGGCAGGCAGAGAGCUGAUGACCAAACCAAGAUGCUGUGAGGUGGGGAGAAUGAUUCAGGUGUGAACUGCGAAUUGACUGAGAGCUGAUGAAAGAGCAGCUGGGGGGACUGCUGAGAAUCCAUCCUUUAUUUCUGAAUGGUAACAGUUAAAGUCUUUACUCCCGGUUUCCUGUCCUACAUCUGAUUUGAAUUGAUGCUGAGAGGAAGCAUAAGGUAUAUCUCAUUCUGUUUGGAGUCCUUGUUUACAGAAGAGCGAUGGAGAUGCUAUUAAGCACAAAGAGGAUCACCAUAUGCCUGUUUUCCUUUGUGCUAAGUUUGGCAGCAGCUAUUGAAAUACCGUUAUCAGUUGCACAGCUUCCAACCAUCACGGAGCAAUCUGAAACCCAGGUUGCCUACCCUUUUGACGAGAACUUUACAAUUAAAUGUGAAGCCAGUGGAAACCCGCAGCCCACUUUCAACUGGACAAAGGAUGGAAAACCAUUUGAUCUGUUAUCUGAUCCCAGGAUAAUCACACGUAACAACUCUGGGACAUUCGUGAUUCAGAACCAUGGAAUUAUCGCUAGUUUUCAAGGGAAAUAUCGUUGCUAUGCAUCCAAUGUGCUGGGAACUGCCAUGUCAAAAGAAAUUGAUCUCAUAGUUCCAAGUGUACCAAAAUUCCCUAAGGAAAAGAUUGAGCCCCUGGACGUGGAGCACGGUGAUUCUGUGAUCUUGCACUGUAACCCCCCUAAAGGGAUCCCACCUUUGCAUAUCUAUUGGAUGAAUAUUGAUUUGCAGCACAUUCCUCAAGAUGAAAGGGUCUCCAUGAGCCUUAAGGGAGAUCUCUACUUUGCAAAUGUGGAAGAAAAUGACAGUCGAAGUGAUUAUUGUUGCUUCGCAGCAUUUCCAAAACUGAGGACAAUUGUACAGAAAAUGCCAAUGACGCUGAAGGUUUCCCGUUUUAAGCAUGCUAAUGACUCAGGUUCACCUAAUGCUGCGGUUACUAAGGCAAAUUUUAUUAAAGAAAGAAAACCCAAACUGCUGAUCCCUCCUGAAUCUGCUGGAAGCAGCUCAUCAGUCACUGUUAUCAAGGGAGGUGUCCUGCAACUCGAGUGUAUUGCUGAAGGGCUCCCAACUCCUCAUCUAAGCUGGAUCAAAGUUACUGGAAACUUGCCCAAGGACAAACCUGUAACAGAUAAAUUUGGGAAGGUAUUGAAGAUAGAAAACGUGUCUGCAGCUGAUGAAGGAACCUACCAGUGCACAGCAAGCAACCCCGUGGGCAGAGCAAAACAUGAGUUCCAUGUUCAUGUGGAAGAGCCUCCUCGGUGGAUUAAGGAGCCCAGAGGUGGUGUUUACAGCUUAGGAGAGAAUCUUUUGCUGCUUUGUGAGGCCAUUGGCAACCCAGAGCCAACCAUUCAAUGGAAACUUAAUGGGAUGCCCAUUGAUAGUAGGACUUUCAGAGGGAGAGUCUCUGAUGGGGAGCUCAGCCUUACCAACCUUCAGCUUCAGGACACUGCUGUGUACCAUUGUGAGGCCAGUAACAAGCAUGGCACCCUCCUUGCUAGCGCCAAUGUGAAUGUCCUCAAUAUUGCUCCCUUAAUCCUGACUUCAGAUGGCGAAAACUAUGCUGCAGUUGUUGGUUACAGUGCCUUCCUGCACUGUGAGAUUUUUGCCUCACCUGCAGCAGAUGUUAGAUGGACUAAGGAUGAUAGCAUAGAGCCACUCUCAGCAUUACGCUAUGAAUUAAAUAAAAAUGGCACCCUGGAAAUCAAAGAAACAAAGAAGGAAGAUUCGGGAUCAUAUGCUUGCUGGGCUGCAAAUUCUGUUGGAAAAAGAGCAAUCACAGCAAAUCUGGAUAUAAGAGAUGCUACAAAAAUUGUCAUUACUCCCAAGAACCCCCAAGUGUUGAAAUCACAUUCAAUUUUAUUGAAAUGUCAGUCUGAGUAUGAUUCACACUUGAAAAACAGCUUCAAAUUAUCCUGGAGGAAAGAUGGAUAUGAGCUGUCAGUCAGCAGCAUAGAAGACAGCAGGAUAAUUAUGGACAUGGAUACAUUGUUCAUAUCAAACGUGAUGUUGGAGGAUCAAGGCGUUUACGCAUGUGUGGCUAGCACUUCCCUUGACAGUGUCACUGCCAAAACGCGGUUAAUUGUUCUUGAUGUUCCUGACCCACCAGAAGACCUGCAGCUCUCAGAACAUCAAAACCGAAGUGUUCGACUGUCUUGGAAAGCUGGAGCCAGCCACAACAGCCCUGUUAAUGAGUCGAUUAUAGAGUUUGAAGAGAGCCGGUGGGAGCCAGGGAGGUGGCAGGAGCUGGCCCGAGCCCCAGGGAACACCACCACCACCCUCCUGUCCCUGGCCCCAUACACCAAUUACCAGUUCCGUGUCAUGUCUGUGAAUGCUGUUGGAAGGAGCCAGCCGAGUAAACCAUCGCUGCGCUACUCAACACCUCCGGCUGCUCCAGACAAGAACCCAGAAAACAUCCGAGUUGAAGCUUCUGAACCAAAUGAAAUGGUGAUGAAAUGGGAGCCGCUGAAGCCCAUGGAGCGAAAUGGGCCUGGGCUGGAGUACAAAGUCAGCUGGAGGCAGCAGGGUGUUGAGACCGAAUGGAAUGAGGAAACAGUGAAGAAGCACUCCCUGACCCUGAGGAACACCCCCACCUUCGUGCCCUAUGAGAUCAAGGUCCAAGCAAUAAAUAAUUUAGGAGCUGGGCCUGAACCAAAUGUUACCACUGGAUAUUCGGGAGAGGACAUUCCAGAUGCUGCUCCUUCCGGCGUCUCAGUGGAUAUUGUCAACAGCACGCUGAUCAAAGUCUUCUGGUUUGGAAUACCAAGGGACAGAGUUCGUGGACAUUUAAGAGGCUAUAAGGUCAGUUGGUGGAAAACAAAAAGCAUGCUGGAUGGAAAAAGACAUCACCCAGAGAAACACUUCCUGACGUUUGUAGGAGACAGAAACUAUGGGAUGAUCCCUGGUCUGGAGCCCUUCAGUGAAUUCCGCUUGACUGUGCUGGCAUACAACUCCAAAGGUGAUGGACCAGAAAGUGCUCCUGUGGUGUUUGAAACUCCAGAAGGAGUCCCUGAACAGCCCCGUUUUCUGAAGAUCCUGAACUUUGACAAGGACUCUGUCUCCCUAUCAUGGGGAUUUCCCAAGAGAGCCAAUGGCCACAUUACAGGCUACAUUUUGCAAUACCAGAUAAUAAACGAAACGCAUGAGGUUGGGCCUCUGGUGGACAUCAGCGUGGCCAACCACACCACGCUGAGUUGGAGGCUCACAGACCUCAGCCCCAGCACCAAGUAUAAGUUCUACGUCAAAGCCUGCACAGCCAAGGGCUGUGGGAAGCCGGUGACAGAAGAAGGGCUGACAGUGGCUCAAGGGAGUAAAGGGAUCGGCAAGAAUUCAGAAGCAGUAAACCCCACCCAAAAGUUUCACCCCAUUGAGGCACUUGAGCCUGGAACUGAAUAUACAGUUCGUCUAGUGACUAAGAAUUGGGUUGAUAACAAUAGCAUUUUUGAAGAUGUAAUUGAGACAAGGGGGAGAGCCUAUGCAGGCAUUUACGAUGGGAUUUCCACCCAGGGCUGGUUUAUUGGACUGAUGUGUGCCAUUGCCUUGCUCACUCUGAUGCUGCUAACUAUUUGCUUUGUCAGAAGAAAUAAAGGAGGAAAAUACUCAGUGAAAGAAAAAGAAGAUUUGCAUCCAGACCCUGAAGCUCAAUCAAUAAAAGAUGAAAUCUUUGGGGAAUAUAGUGACAGCGAUGAAAAGCCGCUGAAAGGCAGCCUGCGGUCCAUUAACGGGGACAUUAAAGCCACUGAAAGUGCUGAUAGUCUGGUAGAUUAUGGAGAAGGGGAGCACGGGAUGUUCAAUGAAGAUGGUUCAUUUAUUGGAGCUUACUCUGGAUCUAAAGAAAAAGGAUCAGUCGAAGGCAAUGGGAGCUCUACAGCAACUUUUCCUCUCCAUGCAUAAAAUUCUAAUGAGAAGAUUCAUGUUUAAUUGUGAUAUUUAUAUUGAUCAGUACUCCACAGUUACCACAAGGGAUUGGAAGCAGGUUGCCAACUGAGCAAGACUGACAUCAGGUAACAGGGAAAAAAGUCACUGCCACUAAGAGAUGAUUUUUGAGACUUUUCCAUCCUAAUUUUUAGGUAUUUUCUUCUAAUUGAAACAGAACAAAGCAUUCUUUACUAUACAAAAUAUGUCAGUCUUACCAAAACAGAAUUUCUCAGUGUCAUGUAUGUAUAAUUAACUGCUACUUCAUGUUUCUUAUGUUUGUAAUAUGGUUCUCUGUAUAGUACUUUUUUUUCCUUCUGUGGCUGUUGUCACUUUGUACAUACAUUUAUGUGUGGUAUUCGCUCGUGUAUCGUGAUCUCAGUAUUACAGAGGUCAGGAAACAGAAAGGAAAGUAAGCAAAAGCACAGGGUACUCUGCAUAGUGGCACAAUGCAUCCUACUGAGAAAAAUAAUAUUUUAAAACAUGGGAGAGAAAUAUUCUCUAUAUUGUAUAAUAUUUUCGUACAGGCGUAAACUCCUUUGCUUAUGAUACUCUAAAAUUGUUUUAGUGGUUACAGCUGACUGCAGUUACCAAUACUUUGAGAUGCAACUUUCCCCACAGAAAAUUUGCUCUCAGAAGACAAAGCUCUGGCCUUGUGGAUGAUCUCUCCAGUAGCUGGCACUAUUUCCUUAAAAAAGAUAAGCUGCAGUAACUUUCCUGUGGCAAGGUGAAACAGGGUUCCCAUCCACCAUCAUUAGAAAGAGUUUUGAUUUGUUUUCCUCAGUCUCUGCAAGCUGCAUUUCUAAGCAAAGUGCUUUGUCCGUCUCAAAUCUGUAUAUUUGUGUGCUAGCAUACAGUUCAUGGAGAUGUUGUACAGAUGAUAUUAAUAGUGACACAAGUGAAAAGCAGCCUUGUUUUAUUUUGAAAUGAGACAUGUUGCUAGCAUGGGUCUGUAUAGCUGUGUAGGAGUAGAAUUGCUUCUCGGUAUGACUUUCAACCAGCAAAGCAGGUUUUUCAGCAGAGUUGUGUGUAUACCGGUCAUAUAAGUCUUACUUCUUUUUAGUAUCCCACAAAACAGAUCUACCUGACUUUCAGAUGAUUGUUUAUUUUCAAACUAUUCGUUGUUAAAUAAACAGAAGCAAAAGCAAAGAGAAUAUCACAGUAGAGUUUCUUUAUAUUGUGUUUACUGAAUGCUGGUUUAAAUCUGGUUCUCUUCUGUGCCAGUGCUUCCCAUGACUAACUCAGCAAAGCUGCCCAGCACGUUAUUUUUGUCUUUUUGUACUGGAAUCUCUUGAUUUUCUUUUAAAAGUAGUAGAGUGUUAGUGUUGCUUCAUCUCUUUUUGAACUUACAAGUCAUCAUCGCUUCAAUUAAAAUAUUUUUGAAUGGUUACUCAAGGAGGUACUCAAAGCCAUUUUAUGUCAUGGUGUUAAUGAGGCAGAUAUCCCUGAUGGCUCCUUCCUGGUCUCCAUUACUUCAUUAGAAGAAAGAGAGGAAGCAAGAAUCAUUCAAAUGAUUACAGGUUUACAGAUAACCCCCACAACUAAAGCUCUAUUGGUUGUACAUAGAAGUGCACUUUCCUAACAGUGGAAAGGCCAUGGACUACAGGCAGCUACUUUUGUGCAUAUUUUCUGAACAUAGAAAGGGGCUUUGGUGCUUGAUGUUCCUGUUUAUCCAUUUCUCAUCUAUUUGUUUUGUAUUUUGCUCGUGAGGACCUUUCCUACAGCCUCUGUUUUGAAAUAGCCACUCCUGAAAACCAAACCCCAAGCUGUGUUGCCAUGUGUGUGAGCAGGAUGAGCAGGAAUCUGUCAAAAACAGCCCCUACUCCAUAUCCAUGAGCCCCCCUGUGUUGUGAAGGGCUUGACCACAUCAUUCCUUUUUUUAUUACUUAUAAACCUUUGUAUUUUGUCUUUCACUCGAUCUGAAUACUGAGGGAAUCCAAAGUCAACAUCAUUUAUUUAUUAUUAUUAUUAUUAUUUUUUUAAUAAAAGCUUCAUUUGAAAAGGUGGAGAAACAUGAAAAUGGGCAUCUUGCCAACAGAGCUAUUUCACACCAGGAUCUUUAUCUGCUGUAGCCUGAAACAGAUGAAGCCUGAGAGCUGAGGAUGCUUGUGGCAGCUCCUGUUGCAACAGUUAUCUGGUUUUAAUGCAUUUCCUCCAGGAAUCAUCUGCACUGGCUCAUGCUGCUGCAUUGGUUUGUUUUCUGUCAUUUUCAUUGAAUGUGCUGUGUUUUACAUGGAGAUGUUUCAGCCCUUACUGAAGUUCCAGCUCCAUCUCAGACAGUUCCUCACCUUCCCUUCCCAGCACCCCCAGCUGCACAGCUUACAGAGCCCCUGGGCAUUACGCCUGGUAAGCACUGACAAUGUCCUUAGGCAAAGAUGCUGAAGGGACAGAUGUCUGAGGAAAGCAAUCAGGGUGGGCACCUCACAAGACUGCACCACUAUCCUUGUGCAGAGCUUGGGAAGGGCUGAAGCAGGCAGCGUUCCCAGCAGUGGGGUUCUCACCCAGAGUAGCACUGCCUGUGGCAGGGGAGUUGGAGCUUUACGAUCCUUGAGUCCCUUCCAACCCUGGCCACCUAUCAGCUUCCACAGCUCUGUGUUUUCUUGUGCUGUGAGUCGAUGCAAUCCACCAAACUCACUGUCCUGGAAAACACCUAUGUUAAACAGACACAAGCUUCAAAUCACAUUAGUGAGUGUCAGCUUAUCGAAGAAUGAAUAAAUCCCCUGUGCUAUCACUUGCUCUGCUGCUGCUAAGCUAUGUUUAUGACAUUCCUGUGAUGUGCUACUCAUCUGUGCUGGAAUGAGUGCUUUUUCUGUUAAAAUUUUAAUUCCGAUCCUUAAAUCUUAAUGUUAGUGUUUCAUUGUGCUUCAGGGCCUAAAAAUCACACGGUGACAAAAAGACGUGCAGUGGGAUUUGUACAGCGUGCACUGAGUUUUGAGGAAUAUACCCAAUGAAGAUUAAACAAACGGCUGAAUCUCCCAGGGAAUCCCACUCACAUGAACGUUUUUCUCUUUUCCAAUCAUUUAUUUUCCCCCUCACUUUUUUUAUUUGAUAUUGCAAGGGUUCCACUCAUGCAGUGUAUCUUGGAAAGCACAGGAUCUCAUGGAGUUUUAGGUUUGUUUUCAGAAGUGAACUGCGAGAGCAAGCCAACCAACCUAGGGUGCUGCCACAGAAGACAGGGAGUGUGGCCAUGCAGGGUGAGUGGAAGGUACUUUGUUGAAUGGGAUGAGGGAGUCAAGGGUAACCAGUGCAUGAGCCUGCAGGCUGUGUCAGGCAAUUAGUAACUAUGGGCUGCAGGGGUUCUUGGUUGCAGCUGGCUAUCCUAUGCCAUUGCUUUUUGCUGCGAGAGGAGAGAUGCUUUCAGAUUUGAUAUCCGUUCCAACGUGGAAUGCAGUUUUACCCAGUAAGGAGAGGCAUUUCCCUGGCUGCAGGAAUCCUGACUUGUGGCCUUAAGCAGCCCCCUCUGGAGCAGGAAGAGGUAUGGAUGGUUCUCAAAAAGUUGUCAGGGUUUGACUGUGUGUAAGAUAAGCAAAUAAAAUCCAUUCCUGCUGACCAAUGGGGAGCACACCCCUGAGAAAUUGAAGAAAACAACCUUGUGUGCAAGCUCCAGUGCUGGCGAGCUGUUUGGAGCAUAUCAUUGAUUUGGUACGGGUUGUAAUUUCAGUCCUAAGAUCUUAUUCAAUGUAUGGAUUAUAAAAAUGGCCAAAUCUAAGGGUGUGAUCUCAAGUUCUCUUUGCCAUUCCUCAGCAGAGGACUGCAUGUAGGUCUGGGUCCUCAGCGGGAGCAAGAUUGGAAACUGUGCCAGGAAAGGGCAUUUCCCUCAGGAUUAUAAUGUCUGCAUGUAUAGCAAGCAUAAAAUCUUCCCUGUUAUACAAGUUUUAAAUGGAUUAAAAUAGCGUAUCAUUUAAUGAUUUAUGAUUUUUAUUCUGUUGUGGCCUUAUUAUCCCAAUUUUAAUGAGCAGCUCUUUAUUCUGAUGACUACUUCCAUUGACUUAAUAGGUCAAAUAUAGUGCAUGAGAGGUUUACAGUCCAGUAGUUGAAGUGAAAAAAGUGCUAGCACAAUCUUCCUAUACUAAAGAUUAUCUUUUCUUUACAGUAAUUCCACAUGUAGUUUUGUAAACUAAAGUUAAAACGUUCAUUUCUGAAAGGAAAUCUCAUCAUAGUUUCUUAUAGCCAUUAUUUUUCAGGUGAGUGGUAAGUCUAGAUUAGUCUAAGCAUUUGAAAGAACAUAUAUUAAAAAUACAUACUUUAGUUCUUCAUGGCAAGAGGAUUUCCUUUCUUUGACAAUGGAAGCAUCCCUUCAAAUGUUCAGCAUCCCAGUAUAUGAUAAAUAGCAAUGUUGGAGUACCAGUAUGUGUUUACAUUGCAGCUCUGUAUCUUUCAUGUACAAGUUCUAACCACACAAUGAGAUGAGUGAGUUCCAUGCUGUGUGCUGGUUUUUCAGCUGCCAUGCAGAAAACAAUACAUGGGUUUGAGCCAAAGCAUACUCUGUUUCUUUAUUAUUAUUACUUUAAACAACACUUUGUAAUUUCAUGAGAAAAGAUCAAAGCAAAUGUGGUGUCACCGUUACGAUGUUCCUUUUUGAGCUAAAUGUUAGUGUGCAUUGAUUAAAGUUUAGAGAACCGUGUUGUACCGUAGUGGCUGUUUGUAUCAUGCAUAUGUGCACGUAUGGUUUUAAAAGAUAUUUUCAUUUUACAUGAAAUUCAACUUUGCUAAUAAAAGUUUGACUUGAUGUAAUCUUCAAAAGCCUUA